AUGUGUGAGACGAAGGCAGCAGAAGUAGUUCAAACCAUUGGGGCUAGAAAAGAAGGAAGUGAUAUGGUCAUAUGGAAGCCGAAUGACAAUGGAGAUUUCUCAACUUCAAGUGCUUGGGAUAUUGUAAGGGUGAGGAGUCCAAAGAUUCCUUGGAUGAAAUGGAUAUGGCAUAAAUUUCUACCCAAAAAAGUGUCCUUUUGCAUGUGGAAAGUUAAGUUUAACUGUUUAAGUGUGGACUCUAGGGUGAGAUCAACAGGGGUUGCUCUAGUUUCACGUUGUGAUUGUUGCGAUAAGGGACAAGUGGAAACACUGGAUCAUGUGCUCAACUCUGGUGAUAUUGCUAAAGUAGUUUGGAAAUGGGCCUCCUUGGCCUUGGGAGUGCACUACUUUGAGGCACAAUCAUGGUGGAUAAGAGUUAAUCGAUGGUUUACAUGUGCAAAAAAUGUUUCACAGCGUGGAAUCUUAAUUGGGCUAUUACCAAGUUUGAUUACAGGGAAGCUUUGGGGAUGUCGAUGCAAGGCACGUAUGGAAGGGAAUCGAGAAUUUGCAGAGGAGGUAUGGUUAGCUAUAAAGGCUUGGUUGCGUCUCCUUGCUGAAGAAAUAGUUAAAGUUUCAAAGCUAAGCAAAACAGUCAUGAACUUCUCAAAGCUUCAGAGCUGCCUAUGGGUUCUAAGAGGUGGGGGAGUGACUAGGGAUCAUUAUGAUAAUUUGGUUGCUGGUUUCUGUGUUAAAUAUGGUUAUGGAAGCAACAAUGAAACAAAAUUGCGUGCUGUUAUUAUUGGGGUAGAGCUAUGUAAAGAGUUGGGUUUUCAACGGGUAGAGAUUGAAUGUGAUUCAACAGUAGUGGUAAAUUGGUUCACACCGUUUACGUAA